AUGACCUGCCAAAAAGCCGCCGCCUCGGCAAUGUCGGUACCUCGUGUUGCCAAGGUCCAUUCGGUCGAGCGGUGUCGACGCCUCGAUCUUGUCAAACAGUACCCUAGAAAUGGAUCGGAGCGUGACCGUGUGUACCAUGGCCAAACUCGUGUCUCGAAGGCCACACUGAAACUACCUCACUGCACCUUCCGCGGCCUACUGUAA